UGCACCGUGAACAAAGGAGUGAACCGUGGAGAUCACCGAUUGAGCCUCCGCACCUUCAAGAAAGCAGCCCUGACCGUCGAAUGUGGUCGACUACAGUAGGUUCUUGAACUUGAGAAGGAGUACAUGAAUGCUGCAACUGCCUCGAGGACCAUCCACGAGUGCCCCUCGAUCACCAAGCCUGGUGACUAGGAUCUGUUGGCGGCGUAACUCUGUAGAAUUACAACGGCGGCAGGCUCCGGUCUCUCAUUCUUCAAUUUGCUUCCUUCUCAGCAGCAAGACGAUGACACUGUUCACGGCUCGACUCCAUCGCUCGGCUGCCUUCAUCGGGUGCAUGGCAUUGGUCUCCAACCUGUUGACAUCCGUCACGACGGCGCAAACGACGGUCUCAACAGGUGGCACGAGUGUGCAUGUCCUGUUCCAAACGGACAAGUGGGUUACGCCUAACAUCCACUACAAGGCUGGCAGCGGCAGCUGGACAACCUCGCCUGGCGUCGCUAUGUCCGCCAGCAACAACUCUGCCUACCCUUCUAACGACGGUUGGUUCCAGUUCGAUGUCUCCUCCGCUACUUCACUUGAAUUCGUCUUCAACGAUGGCGUCGGAGCUGUCUGGGACAACAAUAACAAUGCGAACUACAAGGUCUCGGUAGCUGGAACGUACUCCGUCGUCAGCAAGGUCUCUGAUUUCAAGACGGGUGACCUCGUGCGCCCCAGUGACGGCACGGGUUACCACAUCCUCUUCCAGCCGAUUACAUGGGCCAAGCCGUACAUGCACUUCAACGCUGGUAGCGGCUGGACGACUGUACCGGGAUACAUCAUGACGCCCAGCACUUAUGCCGGCAAGUUCUCGGCUGCCAAUGGGUGGUACCAGUAUGACAUCUCCUCGACAUCGAGCGUAGAGAUCACGUUCAAUGACGGCAAUGGCGUCUGGGACAGCAACCUCAACGCUAACUACAUCCGCACGUCCCCGGGUACUUAUGCAUUCGUGAACCAGAACACUGCGGCGCCUACGACUUCCCCAUCCGUCCAGGGAUACAUCAACGGUCCAGGUUAUAGUGUGACGUCAGCAAGUGAAGAUGCCGGUGUACUCACUAUUAACCUCGCUGUAAACACCGCUUCGACCUCGACCUCGUACGGCUCUGACCUGUCGGCACUCGUGGUGACGGUCACCAAGACGGAGAAAGACAGUGUCCGCGUGAAGAUCCUGGACAAGAACAGCAAGCGCUGGGAAGUGCCCAGGGACCUGUUCACCGCCGGUUCUCUGGGUACGGACAGCACGGCAACGUCUGCUGCGACGGAUCCGCUGUACUCGUUCAACUACACGCAGAAUCCGUUCACGUUCAAGGUGGUGCGCAAGUCCGACGGCUACACGCUCUUCGACUCGUCUGGUAUCUCGUUGGUGGUGAAGGAUCAGUAUCUGCAGGUGGCGACGGCGCUGGGCAGUGAUCUGAGCGUAUAUGGCAUUGGCGAGAGUACUCGCGACAACUUCAAGAUGUCUUCAGGUGACAAGCAAACUCUGUGGGCGCGCGAUCAGGGAUCCGCUACUCCUAUCGUCAACACUUACGGAUCACACCCGUUCUUCUUAGGUAUCAACAGUGCCGGUCAGGCCCACGGUGUGUUGCUACUUAACAGCAACGGUAUGGAUGUGACAAUGGACAGUGGACACCUCGUUUACCAGGCUAUCGGUGGUGUACUCGACUUCAAUAUCGUGGUUGGUCCGACCCCAGCGAACGUCGUCUCGCAAUACACCAAGCUCAUCGGACGUCCAAAACUCAUGCCGUAUUGGUCAUACGGAUUCCACCAGUGUCGUUGGGGCUACGGCUCUGUCGAUGCUCUCCGUACUGUCGUGAACAAGUACAAGAGCAGCAAUCUUCCGUUGGACGUCAUCUGGGCCGACAUUGACUACAUGAAGAACUUCCACGACUUCACGCUGGAUCCAGUCAACUUCCCACAAGCCAAGAUGGCUGCCUUCAUGGAUGAAAUUCACAGUAGUGGACAGAAAUUCGUACCGAUCAUUGACCCCGGCAUUCCUGAUGACACGAAUGACUACGCAUACACAAAAGGUUUGUCGAUGGAUAUCUUCAUCAAGGACACAAGUGGCAAGCCGUAUCUGGGUCAAGUGUGGCCUGGGCCGACGGUCUUCCCGGACUUCUUCCACCCGGACGCAAAGUCGUACUGGGGCGAACAGAUCCAACUCAUGUACAAGAGCUAUAACUUCGACGGUCUCUGGAUCGACAUGAACGAGCUGGCGAAUUUCUGUCCUGGAACCACCUGUGUCCGCCAGUCCGGUGUCACGUGUCCGAACACAGGAAGCAUCAGCGCAAUCACGACGUGUUGCUUGAAAUGCUCAGGUGACGGUAACAAGUUCGACAACCCACCGUUCGCGAUCAACAAUGUUAAUAGCCGUGACGCGAUCUACAACAAAGGGAUCUCGACCAGUGCCUUGCAGUACGGCAACAUCCGCCAGUACGACACUCACAACUUGUACGGCAUUACCGAAUCCAUUGUGACCAACGCUGUCCAAGAAGAGCUAGCCAACAAGCGAUCCUUUGUGCUGUCGCGGUCAACGUUCCCUGGAAGCGGAGCUCACGUUGCUCACUGGACGGGAGACAACGCCGCCACUUGGAACGAUCUACGUUGGUCGGUCCCUACUAUUCUCAAAUUCGGGCUGUUCGGUAUCCCCAUGGUCGGUGCCGAUAUCUGUGGAUUCUCAGGAGCCUCCAACAUGGAACUAUGCGCGCGUUGGACAGCUCUGGGCUCGUUCUACCCGUUCGCACGCAACCAUAACAACCUCGAAUCUCCGGCGCAGGAAACUUACGUCUGGCCGGAGGUGGCGACGGUAGGGCAGAAAUUCAUUGGCAUGCGCUACCGUCUGCUGCCGUACAUCUACACACUCGGCUACCACGCGCAUGUGGACGGUCUUCCUAUUGCUCGCCCGUUGCUGAUGGAAUUCCCGACGGAUACGGCCACGUACGGUAUCAACCACCAGUUCAUGUUGGGCAACGCAUUGCUGGUGACUCCAGUUGUGAACCAGGGCGCCACGUCGGUCACAGGUUACUACCCUGCUGGCGUGUGGUAUAACAUCUUCGAUUACUCCAAAAUCUCCAGUACGGGACGGUCUGUGACGACGACGGUGACUCUGUACGACAUGCCGGUGCACAUUCGCGGCGGAACGAUCCUAGCGAUGCACCAGGCAGCUCUCACGAGCACGGCCGCUCGUCUCACUCCUUUUGAUAUCCUCGUUGCGCUACCUGCCACUGGAAGUGCCAACGGAGACCUUUACUUGGACGACGGCGAGACAAUUAGCAACCCGAGCGCCACGAUCGUCAAGUUUGCUGCGUCAGCCGGUACUUUCACGUCUACCGUUGAGAAGAACGACUACGCCGGUGCUCACUCAAGCCUGGUGAACAAGAUAAUCGUGCUCGGAGUGACGUCGUCGCCAUCCAGUGUUUCUCUGGGUUCUAUCUCCAAAUACGAUUCCGCCACGCAGCGUCUGGAGAUCAGUCUUUCAAGCGUCAAGCAAGCCAUCGACACGAGCUUUACCAUCACGUGGAAGUAAGUAGAACCCUUCCAGCUCAGUAUGUGCACAGCGAUGUGAUUUCUACCAAAACAUUGAUAUUUGUCGUUGUAUAUUCUGAAUCCCUGCGAAGUACAAUGUAAACGAU